AUGGCGUGCGUUGUCAAACAUGGAAAGCCUCCGCUGCUCAUCACGAUGAUGUGCGACCCUAAAUCACCGGAAAUCAAGGCUGCACUGGGGCCGAACAACAAAGCAUGCAACCGUCCGGAUCUCAUUGCACAAGUGUUUGAAGCGCCGAGUCCGGCAACGAGCGGCAUGCAGGCUGUUUUGGCAAUGAAUGUAGGGUGA